UAGACAAGAACUAAAAUUUCAAUUCAGUUCAGCUCUAAAUUAUAUCUCAACACCAAACAAUAUUUACAAAUUUUACAGUCAUGGGUGUAAUAUUGUUAUUGUUUCUGAUAUAUUCAUUUGUGGUUUGCCUGGCUGUGACUUCAACCAGCUUCACAGAUGAGUAUGCACUUCUAGCCUUCAAAGCUCAUAUUACCUUUGAUCCUACUAAUAAUUUGGUAACAAAAUGAUCAAAAGGUACCUCCUUUUGCAAUUGGGUUGGUGUUUCUUGCAGCCAUAGGCGCCAAAGAGUGACAGCCUUGAAUCUUUCAAAUAUGGGUCUUAGAGGUACCAUCCCCAAAGAUGUUGGCAACCUCUCAUUCCUCAGUUUCUUUGAUAUCAGUGAGAACAGCUUUCAUGGCCAUCUCCCUGGUGAACUAGGUCGUUUGCGUAGACUAAAAUCAAUCAUUUUUGGCUUCAAUGAGUUUAGUGGUAAAAUUCCAACUAGUUUCAGAAUUCUAACCAAACUUGAAUUCUUGCUUCUCUCUGACAACUAUUUCACAGGAUCUAUCCCCCGAGACAUUGGCUAUCUUCCCAAGCUGAAGAUAUUAGCCAUUAGUAACAACAACAUUUCAGGGUUCAUUCCUUCCACCAUCUUCAACAUUUCUUCUUUGCAAAGGAUUGAACUCUCUAAUAAUAACCUGUCUCCAAGUCUCCCAAUGGACAUGUGCAACAAUCUCUCAAAGCUUCAAGGGCUGUAUCUUUCACAGAAUCGGCUAGGUGGCAAGCUUCCCACUACCCUACCCAAGUGUACUGAACUUCAAGAAAUAUCACUAUCAUUAAAUGAAUUUACAGGACAAAUACCUCAGGGAAUCAGGAACUUGUCUAAGCUUCAGUUAUUAUAUCUUGGUGGUAACAGCCUGACUGGUGAAUUACCUGAUACAAUCUUCAACAUCUCUUCACUUGUGGAAUUUGAUCUCUCCUACAAUAUAGUCUCUGGUGUUCUGCCCAAGGGUCUAUGUCGCCGAAAUCCAAGGCUUGAAGUCAUUUAUCUUUCUUCGAACCGACUCACUGGCAAUAUCUCUUCUGGACUGUCCCAUUGCAAGGCACUUAAGGAACUUGAUCUAUCGAUCAAUAAUUUCACAGGAAGCAUGCCAAUUGACAUUAAUGAUGCACUAUGUGGAGCACCUCAGUUCCAUGUCAGAAAAUGUAAAAGCCCCAAAAAAUCACGGAAGACAGAAAUUCUUCUGAAAUAUGUUGUACCACCAAUUGCCUCAUUGGUAAUUGUAGUGGCUUUUCUAGUUGGAUUGCUAAGAUGCAAAAACAAAAGCAGGCAACUUCCAAUCCAAUGUGAUGCACCACCAGGUGUAACACAUAGAAGGAUAUCACACCAAGAGAUUCUUUGUUCAACAAACUACUUGUGUGAAGAAAAUUUGAUUGGAAAGGGAGGCCUUGGUUCGGUAUACAAAGGGAUAUUCACUGAUGGGAUGGUUGCUUCUGUCAAGGUUUUCAAUUUAGAGCAACAAGGUGCAUUCAAGAGUUUCAAUGCAGAGUGUGAAGCACUGCACAACAUUCGCCACCGAAAUCUUGUCAAAAUAAUCAGCAGUUGCUCCAAACUUGAUUUCAAAGCCUUAGUGCUACAAUAUAUGCCUAAUGGGAACCUUGACAGGUGGUUGUACUCUCACAACUAUUGCUUGGAUAUUGUCCAAAGGUUGUGCAUCAUGAUAGAUGUUGCAUCUGCAGUAGAGUAUCUCCAUCACAGUUGUUCAACCCCAGUGGUGCAUUGUGACUUGAAGCCAAGCAACAUUCUGUUAGAUGAAGACAUGGUUGCACACGUAAGUGAUUUUGGCAUAGCAAAGCUCUUGAUGGAGAACAAGUCAAUGGCACAAACAAAGACAAUAGGCACCAUUGGGUAUAUGGCACCAGAGUAUGGUUCGGCCGGGAUAGUAUCUCCUAUGGUAGAUGGUUACAGUUAUGGAAUUUUGUUGAUGGAAACAUUUACAAGGAAGAAGCCCACAGAGGAUCUAUUUCAAGGGGAACUGAGUUUGAAGCAUUGGGUUUGUGAGGCUUUCCCUAAUGAAAUACUGGAGGUUGCAGAUGCUAAUUUACUAAGAGGAGAGGAAGAAUAUUUUGCUGCUACAAAUAAUUGCCUGUCAUCCCUCUUAGGAUUAGCUCUAGAAUGCACCGCAGACUCACCUGAGGAGAGGGUUCACAUGAAUUAAGUCUUAGCCAGGCUCAAGAAGAUCAAAAUCUCGUUUCAUGAGAGUGUAACGAGGAAUUCAAUGAAGCCACUGAUCUAGCUAAGUUUCAGAAUGGUGUACUCAGUUAGAGAAUAACUCUUCAUGUUUUGUUGGAGAUAUUUUACAAAUAAGCCUUUUGCAUACUUUAUCACUAUUCUCGGUGAUUCCUCAGAUGUAUCAGAGGCCUUCCUAAUAUAGUUAGUGAUAUUUGUAUGACAUUUGACUCCACCAGAGUUAUUAUUUGUAGGCUUCACUUCCUUUCAGUUGAAUGUUUGUUACAGUACUUUUUAACAAGACACUCUGUCAGAUUAUUAUUAUUAUUAUUUUUUUUAAAUUCUCCAAGAUGUAGAUGGCACUCCAAAUUCUCCAAUUUAACAACAUAUAAAAUACAAUAUGUUGGAGAAUUACGUGAUUUAUGUAAUUGUUAGAUAAAUUUGGAAAGUAUUAACUGUCUGAU